GACAAAAGAUUCCAACAACCCAGCCCAGUGCCCAUCCGCAUCGCCCACAUUUUCCCCUUCGUAGUAUCUCCAUCGCCACCGCCGCCGCCGCCGCCGCCGCCGGCAUGCUCCGCCUGCGAGAAUCCAUCGUUUCCCAUCUCCUCUCUUCACCCUCCGCCCCUGCCACAUCCCCACUCCGCCGCCUCCUCUCCGCUGCCGCGGCCGCCAUUUCUCCGAACCCCGCUGGAUUCGCCGUCGAGGAGUACCUCAUCGACACCUGCGGCCUCACCCGGCCCCAGGCGCUCAAGGCCUCCACCAAGCUCUCCCACCUCAAGUCCCCUGCCAACCCCAACGCCGUCCUCGCCUUCCUCUCCGGCCUCGGCCUCUCCGGCGCCGAUGCCGCCGCCGUCGUCGCCAAAGACCCGCUUUUCCUCUGCGCCGGCGUGGAGAGAACCCUGGUCCCCGUCGUCGACGGGCUCGCCGGCCUCCGCCUGUCGCGCCCUGACAUCGCCCGCCUCCUCUCGCUCGUCCGCAGCAACUUCCGCUGCAGAUCCAUCAUCUCCAAGGUGCAGUACUGCCUGCCCCUCUUCGGCUCCUUGGACAACCUCCUCCGCGCGGUCCGGCGCUCAUCCUACCUUCUCUCGUCGGACCUGGACAAGGUGAUCAACCCCAAUGUCGUGUUCCUGCGGGAGUGCGGGCUAGGCGAUUGCGACAUUGCCAAGCUGUGUUACCGUGUGCCGAGGAUCCUGACAACCAACCCGGAGCACGUCCGGGCGAUGGCGGCGUGCGCCGAAAGAUUAGGGGUUCCCAGGGGCUCCGGUAUGUUCAGGGAAGCGCUGCAUGCUGUCGCAUUCUUCAGUGAGGAGAAGAUUGCUGACAAAGUGGAUUAUCUGAAGAAGACGAUCAGGUGGUCUGAUACCGAGGUGGCCAUUGCUCUGUCCAAGGCUCCAGUGUUGCUGAGGAAGUCCAAAGACCUGCUUAGGCGCAGGUCUGAGUUCUUGCUAUCUGAACUCGGGUUGGAACCGGCCUACAUUGCUCAUCGGCCGGUGAUACUCUAUUAUAGCCUGGAGGGCCGGCUCAGGCCUCGACACUAUGUGUUAAAGUUUCUCAAGGAAACUGGAUUGGCCGAUCGCGACUGGAGCUUCUAUAAUGUGGUCACGAGGACCGAGAAGGAUUUCGUGGACAAGUACAUAUGCCCUCACAAGGAAGCUGCGCCACACCUUGCCGAAGACUAUGCAACCGCUUGCAAAGGGCAGGUGCCAACUAACUUCAGAUUUUUACUUCAACCAAAAGUGGGCUGAGGAAAUUGGCUACUAUGUAUUGCGCAGCAAAGUUUUCACUCGGCAUAGUAAGUUGGUAGUUCCUGUUUUGGUGUUCUUUGCCAAACUAGAUGUUUUUUUUUAAUUUUCUGUAGUAUGCCUGUUACAUGCCGGUUUGGUCAUUGCUAAAUGCUAACUCCUAUGAAACUGAUAAUUUAAUUACUGAACCGUGAUAUGUUGAUGUUGUCAUCCCUUACAGAAGAUCUUUGUGUUUUCCUGAUAAUUUUAUUCCUGAAGCCUACAGUCUAAUUAUAUAUUUUCCUAAAUCAUGGUUGAGCGAAAUAUGUGUUGCUAGUUCCAUUCUAUCAUGUGUUCAGAUUUUAAGAGUGAUCUGGGAAGUAGGAUUUGCCGGCACCUAUCAUGUCCACCUUCAGAUACGUGGACAUGGACCAAUGCAGCCUGCCAAGAUGGUGCUCUGUGAGAUCAAACUUCUUCCACCAAGAAGGGCAUUUGGCCUCAAACUCUGCUCGCUUUUUUUUUUUUGAGAAUUACUCCUCAAUUUAUCUGAUAGGCAUCCUUUUGUUAGUAAGAAAUCGAUCUAUUUUAAUGUGAUUUAGAUAUGCUUCUUAGAGUCAUUGGUUGAUUUUGUUACUGAAAUCUGCACUUACUUCUCUUUGUGUCAUUGCUUCAUUCCAUCCAGUAGUUUGUAAACCACUGGAACAAUAUCAUGAAAAUAUUUUUGUGUUCUGGAAAGUGGAGUUUGCCGGCAUUCCUCCUUCAGAUACGUGGGCAUGAACCAACGCAGCCUGCCAAGAUGGUGCUCAGUGAGAUCAAACUCCUUACACACAAGAGCAUGUGGCAUAAACUCUGCUUGCUCUUAUUCUUUUUUGAGAAUUACUCCUCAAUUUAUCUGCUAGAUAUUCUUUUGUUAGUAAGAAACCCAUCUAUUUUAAUGCGAUUUAGAUAUGCUUCUUCUGGUCAUUGGUUGAUUUCGUUACUGAAAUCUGUACAUGCUUUCUUUGUAUCAUUGCUUCAUGUCAUUAAUUCAAUUCAUGCCUUACAGUUAGUUGUUCAUAGCUGCAGAACUGUAGGGAGUUCCAUCCAAUGGUUUGUAAACUACUGGAACAGUAUCAUGUGAAAAAAUUAGUUUCCUGGUUCUAUUUUGCCUCU